AUGUGCGCCUCCCCGUCCACGGCUCCCGGCUUCUUCAAUCCGCGGCCGCAGUCCGGCGCCGAGCUGUCGGCGUUCGAUCUGGGGCUGCCGCGCUCCAUGACGCUGGGCGUGCCGCCGCACAGUGCCUGGCACGAUCCGAAUCUCGGCGGCCAUCUGCAUGCGUCCGCGGGUCCGGGCUCGUUGGCGGGCACCACUGGCACCAGCAGCUUGGGGGCGAGCAGUGCCGGCGGCGGCGGCACCACACCCUCCAGCGUCGCCAGCCAACAGUCGGCGGGCAUCAAACAGGAUCUGUCCGGCCUCUCAGCGUCCACAGCGAAUCUCAACCAAAGUGCUCAUCACACCAUCAAGGAGGAUCUCUCUAGCCUGUCCAGUGCGAAUGGCGGCACAGCCAGCAGCCAUCAUACGAGCGCCGGCCAGUCCGCUCACGGCCAGGAUCUAGGGCCCAUGAUCAAGGGUUCGCAGUCCGCCAGCUGUUUGGGCAGCAGCGCAAACGCGGGCGGCGGCGGUGGUGGCAGCACCACCCCCAGCUCUCAGGCCAACAGCUCCCAUUCGCAGAGCAGCAACAGCGGCUCCCAAAUCGACUCCAAACAGAACAUCGAGUGCGUCGUCUGUGGCGACAAAAGCUCCGGCAAGCAUUACGGACAGUUCACAUGCGAAGGCUGCAAAUCAUUCUUCAAACGCUCGGUGCGACGCAAUCUCACAUACUCCUGUCGGGGCAGCAGAAACUGUCCGAUCGAUCAGCACCAUCGCAACCAGUGUCAAUAUUGCCGUUUGAAAAAGUGCCUCAAAAUGGGGAUGCGACGCGAAGCUGUUCAACGGGGCCGCGUACCGCCCACGCAGCCCGGCUUGGCGGGCAUGCACGGCCAAUAUCAGCUGGGAAACGGUGAUCCCAUGGGCGUGGCCGGCUUUAAUGGUCACUCGUACCUCAGUUCCUACAUUUCGUUGCUGCUACGCGCCGAACCCUAUCCGACCUCACGCUACGGCCAAUGCAUGCAGCCCAACAAUAUAAUGGGCAUCGAUAACAUUUGCGAGCUGGCCGCCCGUCUCCUCUUCUCUGCCGUCGAAUGGGCCAAGAAUAUACCGUUCUUUCCCGAACUGCAAGUUACCGAUCAGGUGGCGCUGUUACGUCUCGUGUGGUCGGAACUGUUUGUGCUGAAUGCCAGUCAGUGCUCGAUGCCGCUGCAUGUGGCGCCAUUGUUGGCUGCCGCCGGUCUGCAUGCCUCCCCAAUGGCCGCCGAUCGUGUGGUUGCCUUCAUGGAUCACAUACGCAUCUUCCAGGAGCAGGUGGAGAAGCUGAAGGCGCUGCAUGUCGACUCGGCGGAAUAUUCCUGCCUCAAGGCGAUCGUGCUCUUCACCACCGGUAAGUUGCUGGACAUUCUGUACAAGGAUGUGCCAGCACUGCUAACCAAAGUUUCAGGGUUGCUCGUUAAGCUAAGUGCGUCGGAUACCGCCGGCACAGGUGCUGGUUCAUCGCCGGAGUCGCUCAACGAGGAUGUAUUAUCCCUGGUGCGUGAUCAUCUGGAUGAACUGAAUCGUCUGAAAUACGACACACAGUCCCAAGCCCAAGAGCCGCAAACGUCCGCCGCCACGCUGCAUUUGGCCGCCUUCAUGAAGAGCGUGGCCGGCGUGGAGGCGGCAGUGCAGCAGGCCGAGCAGCAAUUGGGCAGCGAGGCACCGGCCAGAGUUUCGGGCACUGGCCAGAGCAUUGUGCCCUCGGCCACCUCGGCCUUUAGCAGUUGUGCGCCAUCCAGCGCCAAAUCCAAUGCCUCAGAUGUCGAUCUGCUGGCCAGCCUCUAUGCGGGCUAUCGUUCGCCUGGCGUAGUCGCUCCCACCUCCACCACCACCACCGCCUCGACUUCCGGCGGCGAAUCCAGCACCACCAAUAGCCACAACAAUAGCAGCGGCCUGGGCGCCUCGUUGCCUACUCAAUCGCAAAGCGGUUCGUCCUCCCUCAAUCUAACCGCCUCGCCGCUGAGUAAUGCAGCAACCACCGCUAUUGCAACCACAACUGCCAGCGUGGCUAGCACGAUGAGCAGCAGCUUUCCAACAUAUCAAACGUCGAGCCAACAGCAGCAGCAACAACAACAACAGCAAGCGCAGCAGCAGCAGCAACAGCAGCAACAACAACACCAACAACAGGCUGCUGCCGCUGCUGCUGCCACAGCGGCGAUGUUUUAUCAAACACCACCGCGUUCUGCCUUUGGCUCGGCCUUCGAUAUGUUCCAUCAUAGCACACCCUUUGGCGUGAGUCACGCGGCAGCAGCGGCUGCCGCCAAUAGCGCCUCCUUCGGUAGUCCGAGUUAUAGAUACUCGCCAUAUAGCCUCGGCAGUAGGUGGCAGUUGUAG